CGGGGACACAAGCCCAACUUCAGAUUUUACACCCCAAGCCCACCCCCCAGUUACUGCCCACUGCCCAGUCCGUGGACUCACCACUCCGCUGAGUCCUCUCUCUCUCCCUCCCUGUCCUGUCAGUGAUCGAUCUGACGACGAAGGAAGAUGAGGAAGCGUGAUUUAGCGAUCCUCAUGCUCUGCGCCUUCGCAAUCUUCUUCUCUCUUCAGCACGAAGGCGAUUUUUCCUUCAGAGAGGCGUGGUUCCAUCUUUCAGAGGAAUACCCGAUCAAGUACGAGGCGGAGCGUCUCCCACCGCCGCUAGUCUCCGAUCUCAAUGGAGAUGGAAAGAAGGAGAUUCUCGUGGCCACUCAUGACGCCAAGAUUCAGGUUUUGGAGCCCCAUGCUAGGCGUGUGGAUGAAGGAUUCAGUGACGCACGUGUUCUUGCAGAGGUCUCCCUGUUGCCUGACAAGAUCCGUGUUGCAUCUGGAAGACGUGCUGUGGCAAUGGCAACUGGAGUUAUUGACCGGAUUCAUAAGCAUGGUCAAGUAGAGAAGCAGGUCCUAGUUGUUGUUACAUCAGAUUGGUCUGUAAUGUGUUUCGAUCACAACCUCCAGAAGCUCUGGGAGGCAAAUCUGCAGGAGGAUUUUCCACAUAAUGCUCAUCAUAGGGAGAUAUCUAUAUCCAUAAGUAAUUAUACUCUCAAGCAUGGAGAUGCAGGAUUGAUAAUCGUUGGUGGAAGAAUGGAAUUGCAGCCCCAUAUUUAUGUUGAUCCUUUUGAGGAAAUUGGGAUGGCGGAGAAAAACGCUGAGGAGCAUAGAAGAAGUGCGACUGAAAAAGAAGCUUCUGAGAAUUCUGGAACUGUGGAUUUACGCCAUUUUGCAUUCUAUGCAUAUGCUGGUCGAACUGGCACACUGCGAUGGAGCAGAAAGAAUGAGAAUAUGGAAGCACAUUCUUCAGAUGCAUUGCACUUAAUUCCACAGCAUAAUUACAAACUUGACGCUCAUGCUUUGAACAGCCGUCAUCCUGGAGAGUUUGAAUGUAGGGAAUUUAGAGAAUCAAUCCUCGGAGUCAUGCCUCAUCACUGGGAUAGGCGGGAGGACACUUUAUUAAAAUUGGCUCAUUUCAAGCGGCAUAAAAGGAAACCAUUGAAGAAAACAGGUGGGAAAGCUACCAGUUACCCAUUCCACAAGCCUGAGGAAAACCACCCUCCAGGGAAGGACUCAACCGGGAAAAUUCCAAACCUGAUUGGACAAGCUGCAAAAUAUGCCGGUUCUGCGAAAUCCAAGAAGCCAAUGAAUUACAUUCCUACGAUAACAAAUUACACACAGCUUUGGUGGGUUCCUAAUGUUGUUGUGGCUCACCAAAAGGAAGGGAUAGAAGCGGUUCAUUUGGCAUCUGGCCGUAUGAUAUGUAAGCUUCAUCUUCAAGAAGGUGGCCUCCAUGCUGAUAUUAAUGGAGAUGGAGUCCUAGAUCAUGUCCAGGUGGUUGGAGGAAAUGGCGCUGAGCAGACAGUUGUAAGUGGAUCCAUGGAAGUGCUGCGACCCUGUUGGGCUGUUGCAACCUCCGGUGUUCCAGUACGAGAACAACUUUUCAAUGCUUCUAUAUGUCAUCAUUCCCAUUUUAACUUCUUUCAACAUGGAGAAUUCUCUAGAAGCCUUGGUAGAACUGUGGAUGUAAGUUCUUUAGAGGUUGCAACGCCCAUUCUAAUCCCCAAAAGUGAUGGUCAUCGGCAUCGUAAGGGAAGCCAUGGUGAUGUUGUUUUCUUAACAAAUCGAGGGGAGGUAACAUCAUAUUCGCCUGGCUUGCAUGGCCACGAUGCAGUUUGGCAGUGGCAGCUUCUCACCGGUGCUUCCUGGUCGAACCUUCCAUCUCCCUCGGGGAUGAUGGAUGCUGGCACGGUGGUCCCCACACUGAAGUCCUUCUCCUUGCGUGCUCACGACAAUCAACAGUUGGUCCUUGCGGCAGGAGACCAAGAAGCUGUAGUGCUAUCUUCCGGAGGAAGUCUGCUAGCAACAGUUGUUCUUCCAUCAGCACCCACUCAUGCCCUGAUUUGUGCGGACUUCUCGAACGACGGGUUGACUGACCUCAUUCUGGUGACCUCCGAUGGGGUGUAUGGCUUUGUUCAAACUAGGCAACCUGGUGCCCUCUUCUUUAGUAUGCUGGUGGGCUGCCUUAUAAUUGUGAUGGGUGUAUUGUUCGUCUCCCAACACCUCAAUUCUAUCAAGGGGAAACCUCGAGGUUCAUCGGGGUUCCAAUGAAAUUUCAGUUCUGAACGUGUUUUGACUAUAUUGUGAUGAAAUUUCACUUGUGAAGAUCGUCCGCAUAAUGAAGUAAAAUUAUGAUGCCAAGGUUGGCGAUUGUAGUGGGAAAUCGUGCAGAGUUGGGAAAUAGAAGAGUUUCAGUGGACAUUGUUCGCUCUGUUGGGGUUCCGGUCUCUACUUACUGGAAGAGGUCUUGCUUGUGGUAGUUCCAUACUUUAAUUUUAGGCUAGAUUGAAUAUGAGCAAAGAACAAGUUUUCUUGAUUUGAGGUUUAAAUGAUAGAAAUGUAUUCCAUUUGCCCUUACCUUCAGUUCUUGUUGAUGGCCUAGAAAUUAAAUGUGCUUUUUGCCAA